AUGGAGGAAGUAACCAAAUGCAGAUACAUCGAUUGUGUCGACACUCGGGAAAAGGAACAAAUACUUCACGAACUUCCCGUUUGUGAUACCGGUCUCUGUGUGAAGUGGUUGAUCAACAGUGGUCACGUGGAUCUAAUUGGAAGUGAUCUCGACGCUCUACGAUCUAUGAAAUUUUUUCUGUGUAACAAUCAUUUUACGGAGGAUUGCUACCUUAGUAAAGGCACCCUAAAGGAAAAUGCAGUUCCUUCACCACAUUGGAGUUCUGUUUCGCGAACAUUGAGAACUUUGAAGACACGACGGAAAAUUCAAUUAAACGGUCAAGAAAGUUCUAUGGAGGAAGUAGCGACCAAUCAGCUCAUUGAGAAGAAUGCCCCUUCUGAAUUUGAAGUUGAUCAAUGGUGUAGAACAUGCGCGACUAAGAAACAGAACCUUGUAAGUAUGAUGACCAAGGGAAAAGGCACAGAUAUGAGCCUUCUAUCAAAAUUGAAACUCUUGAUAGAGAUCGACGAUGAAGAUGCUUUACCAACAAAGAUGUGCGACGAAUGUGUGGAUAAGUUGGAACAGUCUUUCAAGUUUUUUCAACAGAUUUACGUAGCAGACAAUACAUUGCGUCAUGUGUUUCCAAGUACACGAUCAAGUAACACACCCAGAAAGCCUCUUUAUUCGAUCGGCGAGCACAUGAGAAAGGAACAAAGGGAAAAGGAGAAGGAGAAGGAAAAAGAGAAAGAGAAAGAGGAGGAGCAGCAGCAGCCUCAAGCUGCACCAAAAGUGUCUCGUGGUAUAUUCAGACGAGGUCGAGGUAGACCCCGUACCAGGGGAUAUGCUGCAAGGGCAAGAGCGAGACAAAAAUCUGCUCAGAUGCAAGUACGGGUACCAAGCCCCAACCUAAAUGAUAACGCGGUGCACAUCAAUAGAGUAAACGAAACGACAGUGUCAAAGAACGAGUUUAAAAACACGUUGAUACACGAGGAAGAAAAACCAGUAGGUAUUACAGUGUUUUCGUUACUAACUGAUACGUGUCACAGCGACGAAGAACUCGACUGGUCGGAUGUGUUGAAAGUGAUGAACGAUCAAAGAUAUGGAACAGUUUCCAGACAAGAGGCAGAGAGAAAGAUAGAGGAAAAAGUAGAAACGAAAGCGAAAUCGGAGGUACAAGAGGUGAGCGAAAAGCCGCGGAAGGAAACGUCGUUGAAAACGGAGUUGGCGAUGGUAGUAGGAACAGAAGCGACAGAAACGUCCAUAGAGAAAGGAAAGGUGGAAACGGAAAUACAAAGUAAGAUAGAGGUAGAAGGGGCGGAUCCUGGAGAAGAGAUAACGGCAGCGAUGUCAGAGAACGAACUUGGACAAAUAGGUUGUGACAAAUUUUACGACGAGUCGUUCAAACUAAGACGUCAGUUACAAACACGUUUAUCGACCGAUCAUUCCCAAGUAUCCGGUCAUGUGUGUACAGAUUGUCUAACGUGUUACGAAACUGAGUCAUUACUUUUCAAACAUCGUGCUCUACGGCAUGGAGAGCGAAGAUAUCGGUGCGAACAUUGCAAGGAAGAAUUUGUCGAGAAAAAAACACUGAGAGAGCAUGUGAACAAAUGCCAAUCGCACGAUACUAUACUGUAUUAUUCGUGCGAUUCGUGCGGUGUGCAACUUGCUUCGAAACAAACUCUGAUCGAGCACAUGAAAACUCAUCCGGAAAAUUCGUCGUUCCAUCCGCCGCUGGCGUCACCGGCUGCUGCCGAAGAUUCAAAAAAAGCCGAAAACGAGUCACCGCCGACUUCUUCAUCGAUUCCAUCAAAAUCGGAACUCGAACCCGAAUGUUCUCCCGUUACAUAUUCGAGUAUGGUCGCAACUUCAGAAUCAAAUCCGGAUGAAAAGAGUAGUAUCGGCGUCGUAGCCGACACAACUGAUAGAGCUAACGUAGCAGAGGAGGAGCAACACCGGCAAACGGGUGAAGAAGAGUCGGCAGCAAUUACGUGUCCGGAUUGCAACGAACAGAUGCAGAAUACGGUAGAACUCAGUAUUCACCGAAUGCGUCGUCAUUCCAUGAACAGGAAAGAUGCAACGUGCCUUCUAUGCGACAGCAAAUCCUUUCCCUCGUUGGAAGAAUACGAACAGCACGUGCUCGAUCAUUGCAAACGACUAAGAAUAUCACCAUGAUAAAAUCAGUUGUUCUUUAUUACGGUAUUGUGUUACGUAUAGAGACGAUUGUCCGUUUCUGUUCGUUAAUAUUGGCAGAUACAAUAUGCUUGUUGGAUUCACCAGAGGUCUAGAAUAUUGAUAUCAGGGAAAAUUAAUGUUAAGCUAGGGGUACCAAAAUUAAUCCUUCUAUUGAAAUAUUGGCGCAGUGUGCAUGUUUCUGUCAAAUCUUCAACAUCUCCUAUUAUAUGAACGAAUAAGGAAUAUAUUUUGAUUCAGCCGAUUAAAUGUAUUUAAAUAAUCUAUUAAGAGGGAAGAAUAUGUAUGUAUGAUGCAUGUAUGUAUGUAGGUAUGCGUGUUUAAAUUGAUCGAGUAAACAACAGUGUUUUUAUUUUGUUUGUUUGUUCGUUCGUUCGUUCAUUUAUUCAUUCAUUCAUUCAUUCAUUCAUUCAUUCCUACGUUCGUUCGCCAUAUUCAAUAAAUUGUAUAAAAAAGUACAAAAUUCCAAGGAUAAAGGCAACAACAACACAAUAGUUCGCAUUCGUAACAACGACGACGACGACGAUCGCAACGACAACAACACGAUUUUCUUAACGUAGAGGAGAAGAAAUGCAUCAGUGAUAAUACGCAAUAGGUAGAUACGAGGCGUAUGUUAAAUUCGUUGAUUUAAAAAAAUGCUCUACACGCUUCGUAUAACAGGCAAAUAGUGUGAAGGUCGGCUCAACAUACGCACAAAUAUUUAUGUAAACAACAAAACGCAUCGUGCAGGAUGCGAGACAUACGA